AUGAAGAUCUCGCUCAAGCAAGUGAGUUUCGUGAUGCUCGUGGUGCAGAACACGGCGCUGUCCAUCACGUCCAAGUACUCGCGCGCUCAAGCAGGACCCAAGUACCGCCCAAGCUCCGUCGUCCUGCUUGUCGAGAUGUUUAAGUUUCUCUUGUGCUGUCUUAUGUUGCUCAAGCUCAAGCGCGGAAACGUCAAGGCGUCGAUACGCACGUUGCAACUGGAAGUCUUUGCCGACACGAGGGGACUCGCGAAGAUGGCGGUGCUCGCGUUCCUCUACGCACUGCAGAACAUGUUUGCGCUCAUUGCGUACGACUACGUGGACGUGACGACGUACCAGAUCGUGUACCAGCUGAAGGUCAUUACGACCGCCAUUUUCAUGAUUGUGCUGCUGCACCGGCGCUUUAGCUUUGUGCAGUGGUGUGCCAUGGUGGCGCUUAUGGCUGGCGUCACCAUCUGUUCGUACUCGCGACUCCCGAGUGGAUCAACGCACGCGGACAAAGUGAACAGCAACAGCGACCACCAGGUUAUUGGCAUUUGUAUCAUGGUUGGACUAGCAAUCAACUCGGGACUUGCUGCCGCUUACUUUGAGCGCGUCAUGAAAUCACACAAGGCCGUGGCGGCACAGCGGACGCUGGACGCGCUCUGGACGCGAAAUUUGCAGCUUUCGGCCAUCUCUGUAGGCGUCGCUGCUGUGGACGUCGUGCGCAAUAUCAGCGAAGUGUAUACGAACGGACUCUUCCAUGGCUUCCACCCAGCGGUCUUUGCCGUCAUAUUUCUCCAGGCCGUCGGUGGGCUCACGAUUGCAGCUGUCGUGCGCUACUCGGACAACAUUGUCAAGAACUUUGGCACGUCCUUCUCGCUCAUCUUCUCAUGCAUCAUCUCCAAUUACAUGUUUGACCAGACGGCCACGACCUCUUUCUACUUUGGCGUCUUGCUGGUCGUCGUCUCAGUGUUUGUCUACGGAGACAGCAGGUUUGCCAUCAAACCCGUUGCCAAGAAGGAGCAUCGAUCUCCGGCGGCAGAUGAUGUUGUCAUUGACACGAGAGGCUCGCAGACAAUACAGCAGGGACACCGGCACUUUGUUACACGAACGUUGCAGACGUUCAAUGUGCUGUGCGGGUAG